GGCGGCAAGUCUGGCGGCCGGGACCGCCGCGACGAGGACAGGGACGGCAAAGGCGGAAAGGACGGCAAGGGCCGUGGUGGGAAGGAUGGCAAGGACGACAAGGGCAAGGACGGCAAGGGCAAGGACGGCAAGGACAAGGACGACAAAGGCAGAGGAAAGGGCAAGAAGGGGAAGGAGGAGAAGGUGGUCACCAAGGGCCUGCGAGGCAAAGUCGUCCAGUUCCUCGCCAAGAAGGAGGGGCAGGCCCGCCCCAGCGGGUUCAUCUCGAGGGCGGACGGCGAGAAGGACGUCUACUUCGACGCGGCGGACAUCCUGGACGGAGAGACGGUCGAGCAGUUCGACCCGGUGGAGUUCGACGUCGUCGAGGGCACGGACGGGAGGAUGUACGCCGCGCGAGUCAAGAAGCUUCCUAAGGGCACCGUGAUCGACGAGCGGUCGGCCAAGGCGGCGGAGCCCAUCACUGCAUCCAAGGCUGGGUCGCUGACAGGCUCGCUGACCGGCAAGAUGACGCUGGGCCCGAAGACGGGCCCCGGGGCGGGGAGGCUCACCGGCGGGUUGUCCCUGCGCCCCGGGGGCCUGACCGGCGGCAUCUCACUGACGCCCGGCGGCGCUGGGGCCAAGAAGAAGGAGGAGGAGAAGAAGGUGGAGUUUGGCGCGGGAGGUCCAACCGAGGAGUGCGCCGGCGACGACGACGGCGUUGCGUGGGGCCGCAUCGUGUCCGGCGACGUGUUCUUUCGCGCCGCGGACGUGGUGGGCAUGAACUGCCUGGACCAGCCGCCGCCCGGCUUGCGUUGCCAUGCGGGGGGGGCAGCCAGGCCCACUAGCUCGCCAGGUGGCGGGCUACUGCUGACGAUCGGGCUCAUCGGCGGCACACCGCUGGUCGAUGCCUGGAGCCUGCCCAAAGUGGUUCUCGAGGCGGAACACAGGAGCUCCGCCCAGAAGGCCCGUGAGAGGGCCCUAGGCGAGGGUAGGACGGAGGAGAGCGGCGGAGAGGCAGGACCAGAGGCCGGCGUUCCCGGCGGCGAGGACGGGCCUUCCCGCGUAUCCGAUUUGUUUGCGGAUCGUUACGGCCUCGCGAUUCCUCGGCUGCUCGAUUUCGAGGUCGCGAGGCUGCACGGUUUCGACUCCCCGACUGCUGGUGUGGUGAUUGCGCAGUGGUUUAAGGCACCAUCGGGCCACAAACUCUCCUUUACUAGCCGGCACCUUGUGCCGCUCCGUGUCGGCACCCUGAGGGCCGCGGCGCCCAUGCGGCUGGAUGGUGCGCUGGCCGGCCCGCUGAUUCUCGCGGUGUGCGCCGUGCUCCGUGCGAGCGCCCUCCAGAGCCGAAUCGUGUACGACCUGGAGGCCGAGGGCGAGGGCGCCUCGGACGACCUGCAGGGCCAGAGCGAGGGCAGGUCGUACAGCCUGGAGGGCGGCGACCAGGGCGCCUCGGAUGACCUGGCGGCCGAGGGCGUGGGUGACGUGCCCGCGGACACCCGCAGCGAGAGAGAGUGGCAGCGGAGCGCGGCGCAGCCCGAGGAAACGGCCCCGCAGGCCGAGCCGGACGUGUACGACGGCCCCCCCCGGAAGCCUGGGUGCUACAUGCGGAUGCUCUCCAGGUGCCCCAGGAGCCCGCUGAGGUCGGAGGCGUGGAGGCACGAUUCGUGGGCGGAGGAGCACGGCCUGGACGAGGCAGGCUGCAAGCGGCGCAAGCGCACCUGGGACCGACGGAACUCCAACGGCUACAAGACCAUCUGGCUCGCCGCGGACGACGAGGUCUCGUUCACGGUGUCCAAGGACAGCUCGGGCAAGGCCUGCGCCGUCGAGAUCUACAAGGAGAGGAAGGGCGCCUGGCGAACCGGGCGGCCAAGUAAAGGUCAGCGUGGCCAGCAGACGCGCAAGGAGACCAUCAAGGACCAAAUGAACUGGUUGAUGGAGAUGGACACCGAAGAGGUCCUCAAGAACGCGUCGCUGUUCAAGGACGUGUUGGAGGCGCCCGACUUCAACCCGUCCCAUCUCUUGAAGAUAGUGUCUCUGUUGGCCUCGCCAGAGCUCAUGGAGGACACUCGCUCCGACCAGCUCUACCGCAUAUUCCUGGCCUCGACCGCGAUGCAGGCGUCCCUGCGCACCACGGUCAUCAAGCACAGCGCCGGCAAGCACUCCGGAAGCUUUCUGGAGGAGUGCCUGCGGCUCCUCGUGGAGAUCGUCAUGCGCGGGGAUCCCAAGGCGCUGCGCGGGCAGCUGCCGCUGCAGGAGCUCGCGGAGGCCUGGGAGACCGCCAUACGCGAGGGCUCCACCUCCACCAAGAAGGGCCUGCCGGAGGAGGUGAUGAACAACUUGGUGUGCCUGGAGAAGAACUUCCCUGACGAGAUCAACCUGGACCGCAUCAAGGGGACCCGCGCCAAGAAAACCCACACCACAGCCUCCGACGAGGCUGUGGAGCUCAUGGAGGCAGACUACUAUCAGGACAUGCCGAUCCUGCCGACCUCCAACGAGAUGCUCGGACAGUGCGCGUUCGAAAUCCAGGAGAACAUGCGCACCUACGACAAGUGCGAGGACUUCAUCCAGACGCACUUCAUGCUGCUGCGAGAG